AUGGAUCCGCAGUGGUCAGCUCUAGCAGAUGUCCCUGGGAACGGGAUUGAUCCCCCCUCUGGUGCUGGCACCCCGGAGAGACAGAUCGCGAAAGAGCCUCGUGAUAUGGAAACCUCCACCGAGCUGCCGAAGCACAAGCGAGCAUUUUGCGCCGAACGUGUCUAUGCGGAGCAAGUCAUGCACGAACACAUUGACUUGCGCGCAAGACCGCCUCCGUGCAUUGAGCAACGGCCCGUGAAGACGGUCUCCUUUACUCAUGCCAGGGUUAGCCAACAGUUCAAAAAUGGAUCGAGCUUGGCAAAGCUUUUGGGUGAUCUGAGGCGGGGUAGAGUGAACCCGGCAGUCGACUCCAGACUGCAGCUUGAUGUGUGUCAACUCCGUGGCAAGAUACGAUCACUGAACAAUCGGCGAUUGUGGGUGUUGAAGGAGUUCCAGCGAGAACAGGAUGAGAAAGGCUGCAACGUAUGCGUUUCCGUGAAUGUGCAUCCACUCUGCAGGGGCACAGCCAAGUUCAUCCAGGACCUCUGUCAAGAACGGUCUCCAUCGACAAGUCAAUCAGCUGUACAUCCAGAGGCAGCCGAGGCACGUGCGACGUUGCAGGACAUCAUCAUUGAACGGGAAGGGGUUAGGGACUGGGGGCUCCUGGGGUUCGCAGAGAUCCAGAGCCAAGUGCCAGUCGGCGACCUGACCUGUGUCGGAGCGGCUCCGCAGCCUGCUAAGCGCCGGCGCAUCAGCCACGCUGCGCCGAGUGCUGCGGGCUUGAAGCAAGACAAUGCCGAUGUCCGUGAUUGCUUCUCGGGCUCCGUCGUCGAUGUUGUCAAAUUUGGAUCCAAGCUGCAUGUCGUGGAUCGGGAACUCUUCAACACCUUGCAAGGAUUUCAAUUUCGCCGUGUGGAGAAGGUGCGUGUGAUUCCCCUGUGCCCCUGGACAUCCAAGUUCGUCCUGGCAAAUAGCAGCCAGAAUGAUGGGACGAGCGUUGAAGUCCGCGGAACCUUUGCCCAGGAUGGCGAAUGGACGCUGGGACAAAUCGUCGAGCUCUUGCUGGAAUUGGCCAACCACCUCUGGCAGCAAGUCGGAGGCUACAAGUCGCUCGGUGCUUACUUGGACACAUACUUCCGCCUUCUUCGCGAGGAUUGCACGGCGGCCAUCCGCAACUCGCUUGCAGAUGUGCGUGACCACGGGAAGGAGGCGGACGCGGUUAAGAAGGACAACAAUGCUUUCCGGGCUACCCUCAAGGGCUUUACCGUGGGGCACUGCCAGGAAGGUGUGGUCGACAGCCGAAUCAAGGUAGUCCUCAAAAUUGAUCCCAUGCUUACACGAGCACGAUGGGAGCUUCGAGCUGCCAAGUGCUUCAUGAGCGGCAAUCUGGUUGCAUGUGUUUGCAACGAAGAUUUCGAUCAUCCAAUUUGGAUGCUGGCCGCUCGCCGCGAUCUGAACAGAUCGAGUGGUAUAGUGGCACUCGACUUUUAUGUGGAUGCCAGAAGCUGGUCACAAGCGUCCAUGGAAGCCAGCCAGGUGGCAUACGUAUGGAGCGCAGCAAAGCUGACCUUGGUAGCGUCUCCAACUUACUUCCGGUCGUUUGAGCCGAUCCUCCGCCGACUGCAGGCCACAGAGGAGGUCGGCUUGCCUUUCCAGGAAGAGUUGGUGCACUGCAAGACUGCAGCAAAACGGCCAUUGAGCUUAUGUGCUGCAGACGCCGUUGACAGGAUCCUGGUGUUUUCGGGCCCGGAGCUGCACUCGGAUGUCUCCUACCAGCUUGUGGGCAUCAGUGCUCCGACCGAGAUGCGUGCAUGGACGCUGGGCAAACAGACCACAGUUUGUUGCCCUUCUGGCCGGUCUCUCUUCGACAUCAGCUGGAACGAUUUGUUCAAGAAGUUUCGCAUUCGCAACUGCGCUGGCCACCAGAUUCUGAUUGUUUCCGGCGAGCAGACUGGAAAGGCAGCAUCUUGCGACUUGGCCACCGGAAGCGGAGAUGAAACCGGGGAUGAAGCUUCCGCGGUUGCCAAUGUGAUCCAAAGCGGGGCUGAAGCACACGUGCCAGUUUGCUGCGACGUGGUCAUCCAGACCGAGCCAUCAAAGGAGCUUCGAUAUCGAAUCCUUCCACGCCGCGGAACCGUUCACCAACUUUGCAUGGAGCUGGAAACUGCCAUUGGGCGAGCAUGCGAGCCGUCCUCGAUGAAUACUUCUGCGACUACUUGGGACAAAAGCCAGCUGCAGGCGGCGCACCACGCCCUGCACUGCCGCGUAUCCCUCAUCCAAGGCCCACCAGGUACAGGAAAGACGUUCAUUGGUUACAAGCUGUUACAGAUGCUGGUGAGGAAGUCUCGAGUCCUCGUGCUGACGUACAAGAAUCAUGCACUGGACGACUUCUUGCAACAUUGUGUGGAGGGGCAGUACACCAAAACGAUGGCCAGGGUUGGCCGGAACAGCGCGGACUCUGCGGAGUUGCAGGCAUGCAAUUUGAGAAGCCUCAGGAAGAAGCUCGCAAAGACUGCUGACCAGGCGCAGCAGGACCCUGCCAUGAAGGAACUGCGGACGCACAUGAUUCAAUCAAAGGUUGAUGUGAAGGGCAAGCAGAGCGAGUUGCUGAACGCCAUGGAGAAGUUUCGGAACCGAGGAGUUCAUUCCGUUGAUACUUUCCUCAGCAGCAUCCGCGGUCAUCAGCUCGUUCAAUUUUGUCGACAUUCCCCAAGCAGGGGCAGGAAUGUCGAGUGGCUUCGGUGGACCUUGGAAAGAUAUCGAAACUACUUGCGCAAUUGGCCAGAUGACCUUCUGCGAAUGCUGCGCUCUGAAGUUCAGCUGGAUGCUCUUGACUGGCAAGAAGACCCUGUGGAGACUUCCCGUCUGCAGCAGGACUGUCACUGGAUGCGGUCUGCACUCGAGGAAGUGCUGGCAGAAUGGUAUCCUGAUCAAGACAUGGUCACAGAAGCUGCAAGCAUGCUCUUCAGCGAAGCCGGGUUGAUGCUGCCCGAGGACUCAGACCAGGUGAUGGGCGCACAUGGUUAUGAGACUGUUCAGGUGCAAACCGCCGAGGAGUGGCAAACAGUUGCCCGCGCCUUGAGCAGCAACUUUGAGUUGCAGCAUCCUAUCGCCUUGCGGAUGGAUACUAGACUGGAAAAGGGCUGGGUUUUGCGCGAAAUGAUGGAUCCAGCGACUGGACACAUGCUGCCGGUGCAAACACCAGAGCAUCUGCCAGUGAACCUUUGCUUUGAGGCCGACGAUGAGGCUGAGCGAGAACUUCAGGCAGAGAUCGAAGCAGAGCGCAGCAAUGGGCCAAGCGAUGGGGGGGAAGGUCUCAGCAAGGACGAGUGGCGGGCCAUGGUGUCCCGACAGCCGUCCUUCCAGCAAUGGCAGCGCCACAUCCGCAUGGAGCAUCUCCCUAAGGAAGGAGCUGCGCAGAUGAGAACUGACCCCAGAGAACGUGCGAUCUGGGAUGCACCAAACCUUUUCCAGCUUUCGAAAUUGAAUCGAGCACGCUUGGUGGCGCAGCACAUCGCUCAGCAAGCAGCCACCCGCCGUCAAGAUCUCGAAGUCGCCUUGACGACCCUAACGCAAGCAUGCGAGGAAGAGGAGUCAACUGAUGUUGCCAUGAGUGCCCGGGUUUUGAAGAACAAGAGAAUCGUGGGUAUGACGAUCACCGGUGCCUCCAUCAACUCCGCCCUCAUUUCACAGCUCAAACCGGAUGUGGUCCUCGUGGAGGAGGCUGCAGAAGUCUUGGAGCCUCAAAUUCUCGCGGUGCUUGGUCCGUGGGUCAAGCAUUUGAUCAUGAUCGGAGACCACAGACAGCUACCGCCACCCGUGGAGACAUACGCUCUGAGGCUGAACAACCUAUUCGACGUGAGCAUGAUGGAGCGCCUUCUUGAAAACGGGCUGCCCAACGUUGAGCUUCAAGCGCAAGGGCGCAUGCUCCCUGGACUCUCCAAGCUCUUGAAGUCGAUUUACCCGCAUCUGAAGGACAAUACGAUGGUCACUAGCAAGCUUGUUGCUCCAGCCUGCGUGGCUUCAGAAGUCUUUUUCUGGCAUUGCCCACAUCCAGAAGAAGAGGGUGAGCGCAGUCACGUCAACAAACGCGAGUGUGACAGGGCUGUGCAACUGGCUCGCUUCUUCAUUUCCCAGGGCUACAAACCGAAGCAGAUCACGGUGCUGGCUCCAUACCAGGGUCAGGUGGCUCUGAUCAGAAACACCUUGCGAGAGGAAAUUCCCAAGUUCUUGGCAGAAAUGGGUCAAGAGCAGCACCUGAGCCCCUUUACAGCUCACAUUGACCCAGUGCUUCUCAAGCGUGGAAACCGCGUGGACAUAACUGCUGCCACGGUCCGCCAAGAGAGAGUUUACUCUGUGGACGGACAGUCGGCGCAACCAGGAUGCUACCGUGCGACCCUCACGGGCACGCACCACGCAUCUGCAAAGGACGAUUUCGUUGAGGUGCAAUUGGUGCCAGAUGCGGUGCAGCCGGACCAGAUGCCAGAGGUCAGUUCCAUUGACAGGUACCAAGGAGCUGAGAACGACGUCGUUAUUGUGUCUUUGGUCAGAUCCAACCAACAGAAUAGAUUGGGUUUCCUUGGCACCGAUGAUGGCAAGAACCGCAUGUGCGUCGCACAAUCUCGUGCCCGGUGCGGCAUGUACUUCAUUGGAAACGAAGCUUGCCUUCGGACUUCACCCCAUUGGUGCGAAUUCCUUGACAAGUUACAAGAGCGAGGGUGUGUGGGAAGCAAGUUUCCACAAAGAUGUCCUCGCCACAGGCAUGUGCAGAAUGAUGCUCUGGAGGCAGAAGAUGUGUGCACAACUCAAUCGGCAGUUUGUGGGGUGCUCUGUGGGACGCAAUUUGCCUGUGGUAUUCCAACGCACACUUGCAAGCGUCCAUGCCAUCCAGAAGAAGACGGGGACAGUCACAGUGCCUCGAGGUGCGACCACAUUAGCGCAGUGGUCUUUAACUGCUCGGAGUCGCCAAAUCACGAGUUUCAAUUGCCUUGUCGCGAACGUACGAAGCACAAGUUCUGCCCUUACAAAGAGCCACUUUGUUGUCGACGAUUUGCUUCGCACAAGCUCACACGCAUAUGUGGCCAGAAGAAGGAGGACGUGUUGCGUUCUUGUGAGAAGCCUUGUGAAUCGAAGCUUGGCUGUGGCCACCUUUGCCCCAAGAAGUGCUUCGAGCCUUGCAUACAGGAGGCGGAGUGCGUAAAGAAGAAGCCCUUUGACUGUCCGAGCUUUCCUGAGAAGCACUCCAAGAUACAGCUCGCUUGCAAUUCCACUCCAGAACAAGUGGCUGCCGGUUGCACAGACCGAUGCAGCCGGAAGUUGCCCUGCGAACACUACUGUCCCAACAAAUGCGGAGAGCCCUGUGCGACUACAUGCCACAAGGCCUGCCGAAAGGAGCUUGGUUGUGGCCACCUUUGUCCCAAGAAGUGUUUCGAGCCAUGCAUACAGGAGGCGGAGUGCCUGCAGAAGAAAAACUUUGACUGUCCAAGCUUUCCUGAGACACAUUCCAAGAUACACAUCGCUUGCAACUCCACUCCAGAACAGGUGGCUGCCAAUUGCAGGGACCGAUGCAGCCGAUACAGCUCGCUUGCAAUUCCACUCCAGAACAAGUGGCUGCCGGUUGCACAGACCGAUGCAGCCGGUGCGGAGAGGACCGUCGAUAGAAUGCUUGGUGUCAUGCUGCUUUUGUUCGUGCUGCAGAAGCCAGAACAGAAGCAAAUUCAAGGACCCGUGGCUUUUCAGGGCUGCUUCUCCGCGACGGAUCUAGUGAGUGCAAGUGUGAAGCGAUUUGCGAACGAGAGCUUCCUUGCGGCCAUCUGUGUGGCCAUUUAUGUGGACGUUUCUGCUACGAACCCUGUGGGCAAGUUUGCCUCGGUUGCGACGCCGGCAUCAAAGGCGAAGCGGUACUUGGACCCGAGUGCAAGCUUCAUGGACGUGUGCAGUGAUGUAUCUAAGGUCUCUCGUGAGCAGCCGCCGGCCGAGGAGGCCCUCCGUGGAGUCAUCCGCAAGGCUUUCGAGGCGAGUCUCGAAGACGUGCCAACUGCGCCCUGGCCAGGCGAAGCCACCAACGAAGGCGAGGCCAGCAACAAAGCCUAUGCCGCGACCUGCCGGAUAUGCCGGAACGGGCGAUCAAGCACGGAACUCAGGUUGGGGGAUGCCAGCUGUUGCUUCAUCAUCAUUCCAGUCGGGGGAGGGCGUUUGAAUGACUGCCUAGGCGACCAGCAGUUAGUUGUAGCGUGGAUUGCAGGAGUCGCAGGAGUCAAAGACGCAAGCUUUGAGAUGCGUGCGAAGUUUGCACUUCUACCGGAAUUUUAA